GGGCGGACCCUGCGAAAGCUGCGACUACCUUUCGGGGCCAUGGACUCGGACGCCAGCCUGGUGUCCAGUCGCCCGUCGUCGCCAGAGCCCGAUGACCUUUUUCUGCCGGCUCGGAGCAAAGGCAGCGGAGGCAGCGGCUUCACGGGCGGCACAGUGUCCUCGUCUACGCCGAGCGACUGCCCGCCGGAGCUGAGCGCAGAGCUGCGCGGCGCUAUGGGCGCGGCGGGCGCGCACCCCGGGGACAAGCUGGGCGGCGGCGGCUUCAAGUCAUCCUCGUCCAGCACUUCGUCGUCCACUUCCUCAGCGGCCGCGUCGUCCACCAAGAAGGACAAGAAGCAGAUGACAGAGCCCGAGCUGCAGCAGCUACGCCUCAAGAUCAACAGCCGCGAGCGCAAGCGCAUGCACGACCUCAACAUCGCCAUGGACGGGCUGCGCGAGGUCAUGCCUUACGCGCACGGCCCGUCGGUGCGCAAGCUCUCCAAGAUCGCCACGCUGCUGCUGGCGCGCAACUACAUCCUCAUGCUCACCAACUCGCUGGAGGAGAUGAAGCGACUGGUGAGCGAGAUCUACGGCGGCCACCACGCCGGCUUCCACCCGUCCGCCUGCGGUGGCCUGGCGCACUCGGCGCCCCUGCCCGCCGCCACGGCGCAUCCCGGGGCCGCCGCGCACGCUGCACACCACCCCGCGGUUCACCACCCCAUCCUGCCUCCCGCCGCGGCCGCCGCCGCGGCCGCCGCCGCCGCGGCCGCAGUGUCCAGUGCCUCCCUGCCUGGCUCCGGCCUGUCGUCGGUCGGCUCCAUCCGGCCCCCGCACGGCCUGCUCAAGUCCCCGGCGGCGGCGGCGGCGGCCCCUCUGGGGGGCGGGGGCGGCGGCAGCGGGGGCAGCGGCGGCUUCCAGCACUGGGGCGGCAUGCCCUGUCCCUGCAGCAUGUGCCAGGUGCCGCCACCGCAUCACCACGUGUCGGCCAUGGGCGCCGGCAGCCUGCAGCGCCUCACCUCCGACGCCAAGUGA